CGCGCAAGGAAAGCAGCGCAUUACCUCAAAACCAGAACCAGUUUAAGUGAAAAUGCGGUGAGAGGUUCAAAGUGGCUGGUUAUCGUCGUUGCUUUAUGCUCUGCAUUAAACCGAGGUGCUUGACAAUAUGAGAUGAAGAUGAGUGACUGACACACCUUCCUCCACCCUUGGUUCAGAAGCUGGAAUCUAUCUGAAGUCAAAACAGCACGCAAAGGGUCCAAAAACAAGACCUGUCUCAUGUUGUGUGAAACUGGAUGUGAAUUCUUUGACAAGUCCACUCAUAGUGAUUCGUUAAGAAUAUUCUGAGGCAUAUUCAGAUCAAGUGUCAUGUUUUGCCAAUCUGUUGUAAACAGGGCAGAAGUUUAUACCAAAGCUAACUCCACAACCAAGCAGGAAGUCCAAUUGACAUCAACCCUGGCUUUGUCUACGCAUACGGGAAAGGCCUCAGUGAUAUGCUGCAUUGUAUCAGCAGUUGUGAACCUUCCAAGGACCUCAGUAAUUCAUUAAAACACUUUCAAAAUUUCAAUUCUUACCACAAAUACAGAGAUUGACACAGUGGUUGGAAGCCAACUGGUUUCUUGUUUAUGUAAUUCAUACAUUUGGACAGAAAGCUACUUACAAUUGCUGGUCCUGCUAUGACCAGUUUUGCUAAAACCCACUCGGCAAUCGAGGACAAUUGGGACAGCAGUUGUUCCGACUCAGAAUUUGGCACAGUUCAUGGUGAUGACUUUUACAAGCAAAGGGGCAAGUACCUACUUAUUAAUCUUGACAAUGGGGCUCAAGAAAGUAAGGCCAUACCUGUUCAAGGCAAGCCACUGAAGAGAGUGAAAAAGGUUCGUGGCAAAGACAAACAGAAGAGGAAACGAAAGAAACAAUCAGGCUCUGUUCAGUCUGCUAGGAAGACAUCAGAAGAUUUGGUGACAUCUGAUCAGAAACGUGAACAAAUCCUUCCAAGAAGUGACUGGUUUGAACCUUCAACACCAACAAAAAGGAAAAUGUACAAAAGUGAGAAACGUUUAACACCCAUUGAGAAAGUCACCGACAGACCAUUUGUAGAAGGAAUGAAAGAGCAUGAAGUCAAGCAGCACUUUCCUCCAGGUAUCAUGCCAGCUGAAGCAAUGUUGUCAUCUGUGGGUGAUGAUUCAUGUCAGAAGCAAUGUAUCCUCAUGAACGCCGGAAAAGGGGAUGUGUCACAUGCACAUGGAACUGAAAGCCCCUUGAUACCACCUGACACCAAGAUGAACCAAUCAGGUCCAGUGAAACAGAGUGUAAGUGAGCCGAUCAUACAACUGUCGUGUGGGCGCGAGGACUUGAUACAAGAAUCCUUGACAGAGAAGCAUAAAGAAUUGAAAUCCCUUUCAGGAUUUGAUGUUGCUUCUGAAAUGUUACAUGGCAUGCUUAGGAAUGGCCACCAUGGCCAGCAGUGUUCUGUACAAAAUGUAGAUCACGGCCAGAAUUGGAGGUUAGGUAGCCUUGAAGGUUCCACAGUGAAAACCUGCCAUCUUCUAACAGCAGUAACAAGUUCACAUUCAGAACUGGAGCAUGGUUCAAAAGUAUCACAGCCUCUGCAUCCCAGUCAAACAUGUGAUCCGGAAAGAACCACACAACAGAUGCUCGGCAAUGAUUUGAUAAGUAAAACAUCCAGCUCCAAAGAAUAUUCAGGGUGCAAAGGUGGUCUACUGGUCAGUGCACUGGCAGGUCCUGCCAAAGGCCAGACUCCAACUCCCAGAAAGCAACAGAAAGCCUCUUGUCUAACUGGGUAUCCAGAAGUAUCUGCAAAUGAUUUGAUGCCUUUGACUUCAGUCCAUGAUGACUGCUAUGCUGGUCAGGAACACAUUCAAGUUACACACCACACCCCUGAAGCAGAUCCCCAUGGUGAACACCAUGAUUCCAAGGAGAGUAUGGACUCAUGCAUCAUUGUUUCCUCAGACAGUGAUUCUGAAAUAGAGGAAUUAGGUAUCACUUAUAUUAAAUCAGAAAAGGGUCGGGUUGGCUCCUCAGUGAUGCGAGAGGAGUCGGACGAUGAGAAACAAGUUCUGACGGAAGCCAUGGCUAGACCUGAUGAACAAGACAGUGAUGAUGUAUUUGUUAUAGAACCUGAUGAAUCCUGUGAAGACUUUGAGAUAGAUCUGUCUGAUUAUGAUACGAUGAGAGUAUCAGACAAGAUUCGUUGUGGAGAGUUACCGCAUGGCACCAGGUCAUUGCUGGACACUUCUGAAGCAACAUCUGAUGGAUGGGAUGACAGUUUUAUCUCAGGAAACUGUUGUGCAGAUAGAACUUGAAAGUUAUGUAAAUGGUGCUGCUGCAAAUGGAACCAUUCUGACAGGGAAAUCACCCUGCCCAACAUUGUUACAAAUGUUGAGUUGAGUUUCAGUUCUCCAGAAAUGUUGCAGAAGCAUUUAGCAAAGACUCACAGAAUUGGCAUCAUCAAACAUAAGACAAAACAUAACUGUACAAUCUGUGGUGAGGUUUGUGUUUCAUUCCAAGGCCUAUGCAAUCACCUGUUGAUGCAUGCUGGUGUCAAACCAUUUCAAGAUUAAGGUGUGAACCGAGAUCAGAGGGAGAACCAAGGUCAGCGGGUAAAUCGAGAUCAGGAGAUAGCCAAGGUCAGAGGGAGAAUCAAGGUCAGAGGGAGAACCAAGGUCAGCGGGUAAACCGAGAUCAGGAAAUGGCCAAGAUCAAAGGGAGAAUCAAGGUCAGUGGGUGAACCAAGGUUAGUGGGUGAAUCAAGGUCAGAGGGAGAACCAAGGUCAGCGGGUAAACCGAGAUCAGGAGAUAGCCAAGAUCAAAGGGAGAAUCAAGGUCAGUGGGUGAACCAAGGUCAGUGGGUGAAAUAAGGUCAGUGGGUGAAAUAAGGUCAGUGGGUGAACCAAGGUCAAUGGGUGAACCAAGGUCAGUGGGUGAACCAAGGUCAGUGGGUGAAUCAAGGUCAGUGGGUGAACCAACGUCAGUGGGUGAAUCAAGGUCAGUGGGUGAACCAAGGACAGUGGGUGAACCAAGGACAGUGGGUGAAUCAAGGUCAGUGGGUGAAUCAAGGUCAGUGGGUGAACCAAGGUCAGUGGGUGAAUCAAGGUCAGUGGGUGAAUCAAGGUCAGUGGGUGAACCAACGUCAGUGGGUAAACCAAGGUCAGUGGGUGAAUCAAGGUCAGUGGGUGAACCAACGUCAGUGGGUAAACCAAGGUCAGUGGGUGAAUCAAGGUCAGUGGGUGAACUCACGUCAGUGGGUGAACCAAGGUCAGUGGGUGAAUCAAGGUCAGUGGGUGAACCAACGUCAGUGGGUUAACCAAGGUCAGUGGGUGAAUCAAGGUCAGUGGCUGAACUAACGUCAGUGGGUGAAUCAAGGUCAGUGGGUAAACCAAGGUCAGUGGGUGAAUCAAGGACAGUGGGUGAAUCAAGGUCAGUGGGUGAACCAAGGUCAGUGGGUGAACCAAGGACAGUGGGUGAACCAAGGUCAGUGGGUGAACCAAGGACAGUGGGUGAACCAAGGUCAGUGGGUGAACCAAAGGCUGAUAUGAGCCAGUCCGUUCGUAUGCCGAUAGCAAACCAUAUGCAUGUGAUGUCUGCAGAAAAGCCUUCAGAACAGGGCCCAGGACAUUGCAGAAGCUUUUGACCGACAGAACUGGCAUCAAGACAAAACUGAACAAAAAUUAUGACUGUACAACCUGCGGUGAGGUACAAGGUCAGAAGGAAGCCUAUGCAAUCAUUUGUCGAUUCAAAAAAUCGGGGCGAACCGGAUGCAAAAUCUUAUAAAUGUGAUGUUCGUGUAAAAGCCUUCAGCAGUCUCAAGAACAGACGAAACCUCAGGAACAUGAAAAGGAUCCUCAGGAACAUGAAAAAGAUCCUCAAGAACAAGGGGGAAUGGGUGGCCCAGUCGUCUAAGGCGCCGCGAUUCGCUGUGCAGAGUUGUGUCCCUUGGGCAUGCCAGAAACCUAUGAUU